GUAAAGUUGUAAGCGUCAUCGUCAGUGUUGGGAUAAUUUUGCAUACAAGUUGUCGUUUAGUGUGAGCUAAAAAUGUUCCGAAAGUUGAAUAUUUUUGCCUUUUUUAUCUGCUUCUGCGAGCUAGUGAGAGGAGAAUGCGACGUUGUAACCAAGAAGCAAUGGGGGGGCCUGCAACCGACCCAUGUUCAGUACCUGCCGAGGCCAGUCGACCUGGUCAUCAUCCAGCACACAGCGACUCCCAUGUGCACCACCGAUAAAGCCUGCAAGAACCGGGUGAAGAACAUACAGGAUUAUCACAUGGACACCCUGAAUUGGUGGGACAUUGGUUCUUCCUUCUACGUCGGCGGCAACGGCAAGGUCUACGAAGGGGCCGGCUGGCUGCACGUGGGCGCGCACACUUACGGCUACAACAAACGCUCUAUUGGCAUCUCCUUCAUCGGGAACUAUGAAACUGACGUGCCAACGGCUCAGCAGUUAAACGCGGUGAAGGCCCUUCUUAGGUGUGGAGUGGAGAAUGGUCACCUAACCUCAAACUACCACGUGAUCGGUCACAAGCAAGUACUCGCCACUUUGAGUCCCGGCAGAAACUUGUGGGCAGAAAUCAGGACUUGGCCCGAAUGGAUGGACGACGUCAGCUCGAUCAAAAAUUAAAAGAGAUCCGUGUUAAUAUUAUAAAUGUCUGUCUGUUACCUAUUCAAACUUAAAACUGAACCGAUGUAAACUAAGUGAAAUUUGGAUUAAAAAUAGUUAUAGACUCUGA